CCGCUCGGUUUACCGGCAUUGGUCCGCACUCGGCCGGUGGGAGCCGGCAGCAGCAGCAGCACUUUGUCCUCCCGUGGACACGGCAGCACUUUGUCCUCUCGUGGACACAGCAGCAGUUGUCCUCUCGUGGACACGUCGCGCGGCUGCAGCCAUGGAGUGCCUCAAAGACUGCUGCAAGAAGUUCACCAAGAGGAGAGGGAGGGAGCAGGAGACCCAAGUGAUUGCGCUGAAGAUGCCUCCUAAGGCGUCAGGGUGGGAGCCGGAUGGAGAGAGGAGGAGGGUCUCAGACGAUUACCUCAUGUCCAAGCUGCCCCCGGACGGCAGAGAUGUGCCGUUUGUUCUGCCGACCUUCAAGGCCUCCUACAUCCAACCCAGAGGCCCCGGCUACCCAAAUCCACCGGCUGGGCCGCAGAGUUCAGCACGCUGCAUGUAUGCAGAGAGGAAAGCGGAGCUGCUGGCCGCCAGUCAGUUCACCUACAGCCCGGAGUCCGGCCUCCAUCGCGGGCGGCUGACCGAGUACAUCUCCCCCGGGUCCUCCCGCCGUGGCACCCUGAGGAGCAGAGACUCCGGCUCCCAAAGUCCAGGUUGGACUCUGAAUGUGGGCGGCGAGCAGCAACCGAACAGCUCCAUGUUUGAUCUGUCCAGCCCGCACAUGCAGCGCUUCGACUCCGUCUCUAGCGUCCUCAGCAGCACGUCCUCCACGAUUGGCUCCAUUGAAAGCAGCCUCGACUCCAUCACCCUGUCUGGCGAUGAGCGUGAGUUGGGGAAGGUGUGCGUCCGGGUGAACUACCAGGAGGCUCUGGAGCAGGUGUGGAUCACCGUGGUUCAGUGUUCAGACCUCAACCUUUUUCCGGAUGGAGUGGAACAACAAAGGAUUGGAUUCAAAGGGAUCAUCACCAUCCCCAAACCGAUACAGUUCAAGAGCUCGAUUAAGGACUACUGUCAGGACGUGUCCUUCAUGGAGACCUUUGUGUUCGCGCUGCACCUUCAGCAGUUGCGCUGCAGCGCUCUGGUGUUGCGACUGCAAACGCACAACCCCAAGAAACGUACGGUGGCGGAGUGCGUCCUCUCCCUGAGACAGCUCGGCUCUCAAGAGACGGAGCACUGGCUCGAGCUCAACCCCCCCUCCAAAUCCUCGGUGUGCCACUCUGAGUUGCAUCUCACCACCUGUUUUCAACCAGUCAACGGACGCAUCCAACUCCAGGUCCUCGCUGCCCAAAGCCUCCCAACAUCCUCUUCGCCGCUCACGCAAGCCUUUUUUGUCAAAGUGGAGAUGCACCAGUUGGGGCGGCCGGUGAUUGAGAAGAAGACUCGCGUCCUCAAGGCCUCGGGGGGACAGUGUAGGUGGGCGGAGACUUUUCACUUCUUCCUGGCUUCGUUGGACCACGCCUGCUCGCUGUCAGUCAAACUCUACAGCCGCAGCUCGGUCAGGAGGAAACAGUGUCACGGACAGGUGCAUCUGGGAUUCGACAGCCCCGUCCCAGAAGCAGUGGAGCAGUGGAAGGACGCGAUGGCUCACCCAGAGAAAGUGGUGUCCGCGUGGCUCCGGCUGAGCGCUGCCUAGCGCGUCCCUCCUCACGUCUUCUCUACAGAUGUGCCGUCGUCCUGAUGCAGGUCCAGCUGUGCCUGCUGGCUUCUCCCCGCAGAGAGGAACACAGCCUUGCGUCAGCUGAGUCGCCGCCCGCGGACCGGACUGUAAGCCGCUGGACGUGCUACGAACGCCACACGAAACCAGAUUUCCACUCUUCAGCUUGCGCAGUUGUAAAUAAUGGGGUUUCGAACAAAGUGUUAUUGCUGGAAGUUUCUGUGUAGAAUGUAAAGCAUUUGCCUGAUUGACAGCAAAGUCUGCUGUGUAUAUAAAGCUGUAUAUUGCAUUCGUAGGGAAAACAUUGUCCCGGUUUCAUUUAGAAAGAAAGAAAUCUGAGAAAGUCGCCAUGAAGUCAAACUCACUGUACCUGUAAUUAAGACCCAUGUUAAAAUAGUCUUUACUUUUGUAUAGUCCACAGACUCCAUUGGCUCCAACUGAAGACGUAACUCUGUAAACAGUUUGGAGUUUUAUUUUUUUAUAUGAAUAUAAGUGCAUUAUUUAAUUUGUUUCCACCAGCUCCUGAGGGAUCAAUCAGACUCCAAUGUGUUCACUAGCUACUUGUCCGCUUUUUAGUGCUGAGAAGCUUCUGUGCAGCCUCUCAUCUGAAAACCGCACAUUGUGAAUGCAGUCCAUCGUUUUUAGAUCUUGAUUUAUAUACAUUUGGUAUGUGACAUAUUUGAAUUGUUUUUGGACAACAUUGAACUGGGGAACCAGAGGCAUAUGUAUUUGAAGUAGAGUCAAUUCCCUGUUGCUUUUAGUCUUUUAAUGGUAUUUUUUUAAGAAUAGAAGAAAUAUUAAGAUCACCCAAUUAAUCCUUCAAUUAAUAAAUCAUGUGUCGCUGUAUGCUUUUGAUGAAAACACUUUAUUUUUUGAUGUAUUUAAUGUUGAAUGUUUAGUGAUUAAAAGUAGAUGUCGUUCAAAAAA